UCUUCUGCCGGUGGGUCGCAGGCCCGCCUACCUUGCAGGAGUGAUUGGAAGCUCUGUCCCGCCGCGGGCCACUGGGCCUUUUCUGUCCGUGGUCACAGUUCCACCUACCUGGCAGGCGCGGGGGGUGGGGGGCGGCUCUCUAUACAUAUAUCUUAAGGAAUUGACUCAUGCAACUAUGGAAGUUAAGUCCACAAUCUGUAAGGUGGACUGGCAAACUGGGUACUCAAAGAAGAGCCAAUGUUACAGUUCAAGUGCAAAGACCAACAGGCUGGAGAUUCAGAAAAGAGCUGGUGUUGUAGUUCAAGUCCCAAAGCCCAUCUGCUACAGAAUUUCCUCCUCUUCAGGGGAAGUCAGUCUUGUUCUAAUUAGGCCUUCAGCUGGUUGGAUGAGGUACACUGAUAUAUUGGAGGGCAAUCUGGUUUACUCAGAGUUCACCAAUUUAACCUCAUCCUAAAAUACCCCCAUAGAAACCACCAGAAUAAUUUCUUUGUUUGUUUUUUGUUAGUUUUUUGGGUCUAGGGAUUGAACCCAGAGGUGCUUUACCACUAAUCUACAUCCCCAGCCCUUUUUAUUUUUUUAUUUGGAAACAGAGUCUCACUAAGUUUCCUAGGGCCUUGCUAAUUUGCCAAGGCAGGCCUUGAACUUGCAACCCUUCUACCUCAGCCUUCCAAGUCUCUGGGAUUACAGAAGUGUGCCAUGCUGCCUGGCCAGAAUAAUGUGGGUUUUUUUAAUAUUUAAUUUUUAGUUGUAGUUUGACACAAUACCUUUAUUUUAUUUAUUUUUACAUGGUGAUAAGGAUCGAACCCAGGGCCCCGCAUGUGCUAGGCAAGUGUUCCACCACUGAGCCACACCCCCAGCCCCAGAACAAUGUUUGAUUACAUAUCUGGGCACUGUGGUCUAAUCCUAUUGACACAUAAAAUUAACCAGCAUAGGCUUGUAGAAGAUAAUAUAGUGAUGCAUCUUUAUCACUUUGUAUUUGGCUUUGACUUAUUAGAUAUGAUACCUACAGUACAAGUAAAUAAAGAAAAAAAUAAGUAAAUCAUACUUUGAAGUUAAAAAUCUGCAUUGAUACAUGAUCAGGAAAGUGAAAAGAUAACAUACAGAGUAGGAGAAAAUAUUUUCAAUUCAUAUAUCCAAUAAGUCUUUUCCCCAGGAUAUAUUAAGAAUGAUUUUAAUUCAACAACAAAAAUAUAAAAAACCUAGUUAAAAUUGGCAAAAGACUUGAAUUUUUCCAAAGAUGAUAUAUAAAAGACCAGUGAGCACAUGAAAAAAAAUCAACAUCAUUAGUCAUCAGGGAAAUACACAAUGUGAUACAAAACAACUUCCACUAUGGUGGAUAUAAAAAAAGAAAAUAUGUGCUGAUGAGGAUCUGGAAAAUUGGAACUUUAUGCAUUGCUGAUGGGAAUAUCAAAUGGCACAGCUGCUGUGAAAAGUAGAAUGGUGGUUCCUCAAAAAGUUAAACAUAUGAUUACCAUAUGACUCAGCAUUUCCACUCCUAGAUAUAUAUCCAAGAGAAUUGAAAAUGGGCACUUGAACAAAUACUUGUGCAUUAGUUCGUAGCACAUAAAAGUGGGAAACAGUCCAAAUUUUCAUCAGUGGAUGAAUGAAUAAACAAAUGUGGUAUAUUCACAUAAUGAAUUGUUAUUUACACAUAAAAAGAUUGAAACACAGAAACUUGCUAAAAUGUGCAUGAACUUUGACAAUAUUAUGCUAACUGAAAUAAGGGGAAAAGUCACAUGUUGAAUUAUUCCUUGAAAUAUCCAAAUUAUGUAACUAUAUAGAGAUAGAAAGAAGAAUGGUCAUUGUCAAUGGGCUACAGAGAGCAGAAAAAUGGAUAUAUGUGUUCAAUUGAUAGAGGGAUUUCUUUUAAGGGGAUAAAGAUGUUUUCAAACUUGUUAUUCACACAACAUUGUAGAUUUACUAAAUGCUACUAAACUGUAAACCUAAAAUGAUUAAUGUGCAAAUCUUAAUAAAAUUUUUAAAAAAUGGAACCAAGUGAAAUUGGAUUUAUUGUGUGUCCUGCUCAUUUGCUUGCCUUUAUUAUAUACAUUUUAUGGCCCAGAAAAUUCUCCUUUUUAUUUUCUCUCCCUUCCAUUAGGAUUAGAUUGAUGAGGAAAAAUCAAAGUAGUUGUGAGUUUCUUUCUCAGCCUUUCUUUCCAGGUCAAAGAUGUUUUUGAUAAGAGGGGAGGGGCCCAGUGGAAUCACUGAUCUCAGUGAAAAUAUAAUUACAUUGACUGAAUAAAGCUGGUGAAUGGAGUUGAGGGAAGAAACAAAAUACAGGACGGAAAAAAAAUUUGUCUUGAGCAAAUGUGUUUAUGAAGUUGUCACUUAAGUACAUGGGAAAGGCUGGGAAUAAAGGAUAGGUUUGGUGACCAAAAGUCUUGAGUCCUCUUUGGCCUUGUUAAAUUUGAGAUACUUAUAAAUCAAUAGAGAUGUUAAAUAUACAAUUAAGUAUAUGACGUAUCUACUGCCUUUAGGGAGGAGGUUUAACUUCCAGAACUCGGUCUUUAACACUUUGAUUAGCUCUUAGCUUCUGAAAUCAUUUAUUCAUCAGCCUGUCAGUCAGCAUGCAGCAGAUAUUGGGUUAGGCCACUGGAAUACAUAAAGACACAGUCUGUGUCCUUGAAGAUUUAAUGGUAGAGUGGGGGGAGAGGUACAUAAAAGUGCCAAUUAUAGAAGAGCAUGUCACAGACUACAAAAAGUUGAAGUACAAAGUGUGUUGAGGCAUAGGGGAAGGAACAAUUAAUUGUGUCUCUAGGAGUCUGGCAAGAAUUCACAGAAGAGGUGACAUUUGUGCACAACAGAAGCUUUUCUAGGACAAUGCUCUCUUCACCUGUAAUGUAUAGUAAAAUUACAGAGGAAUCCUAUGUAAAACAGAAGUUAUAGAUAUAACCUUUGUUAUAAAGGAUGAAUUAAGAAGAUUACCCAAAUUUCUGCUAUUGUAUUGAUAAAUUGUACUGAGAAUUUAUGACUCUUAAAAUCAAAGUCAUAAAUAUUCAAUUCUUCAAAACCUCUAUCCCACAGCCCCUGCCUUUCACUCUGUUCCCAAGUACAACACCUAUGGUGUACAACGCCCUCCUCACAUGGGCUGUGAGUAUGGGUGAUUACACUGAUCUCCUCUGUUCAGUGUUAAGUGUUAGGGGUUUCACCAUCCCCAUAACCCUAGGGUGUGAAUCCCUCCAUAAUCAAUGGGAUGAAUAGGGGGCUGUUGAAACACCCACACACAGGAAACCUGAUCCAGCUUAGUCCAGCCUCUAGUAGCCACAACUCCAACUGAGUCUCCCAUGGUAUCCGAGACACAUCUAUUCUGGACGAGUCCUUAGAUAUCAGACUUGUCCAAAGGCUACCUAGCCAGUUCAAUUCUACAAGCAAACGCUGCACAUCUAUUGUGUGUUGACCUUAUUUUACUAAGCACUGAGUAUAAGGAUGAAUCGGACAUCUUCAAGGUGACAGAUAUGUAACCAAUAUUUUUCAUACAACACAGUAAAGGGCUCAGGGAGAGUUAUGUAGGAUGAAGUGGGACCAAAGGGAAUUUUCUGAAAGAGAGAUCAUUUGAAGAACAUAAAUACCACAAGGAAGAAGAUAAGGUCAGUUUGGGAGGUAGUUCAGAGAAAGACUAUGAGGAUCAAGUUUGCAGAACCUAUGAGUGUGACUCUAAGAAGCAGCUUGGUAAGCAGAGCACUUUCUCCCUCAUCUGACCCAUCUAUCUUAUCUCAUUUAUUUAUUAAUGUAAAGAUGUUUUGAAUACUCACUGUAUGCUAGUCAACAUUCCAGUUGCUGGAACUCACAUCUAGUAGGGAGAAAUAAACAAACAUUUAAGAAAAGCUCAGGUUAGGAUUUAAGCAAUGAUUGAAAUAAAUUUAAUGAUGCUAUAGAGAAAUUAGUUUGGGGGACACAAAUUUAGAUAGAUUUCUCAUGGAAGGAUUUCUGGUUAAUUUGAGCUGUGUAAAUGAUAAAUGACGUAUUAAUGGUAAGUAACAAAAAUCUAUUAUUAUUUUACAUAGAUCUGGGGUUUGAUUUGGCCUAAUUAGCUCUUCCAGCUUCUCUUGGUAUUUCUAUGUUGUUUCUCCAGCAUAAUAGUUUCUGCAUAGCUGGACUUUUUACAUGGUGGGACAGAGUUCCAAGGAACAUGUCCCUAGACAAAGACACAUAAAACCUUUCAUAUUUUUCCAGGACUAACCAUAGAAGUCACACAGUGACACUUUUUUUUUUUUUUGCUAUUCAUUGAGGCAGUCUCAAAGAGCCACCAAAUUUUGAAUGGACGUGGACUCUUCUUCUUGAUAGUAAAAUUGUCAAAGAAUUUGAAAACAUUUUUUAAAACACCCUGGAUGGACCACUGAGAAAUAGUGAAUCAGGCUGUGAGAAAUCUAGGAGAAGAACGUCAAGUUAAAAUAAAAUGGAGACUCAAGCCCCAAAGGCAAGAAAGGAACAGAAAGGAGGCCAUUGUUCCUAUAUUGUAGCAGGUAUAAAGGAGAAUAGAAUGGUUUGAAGCAGAUGGGGGACUUGGUUACAUAGUCUAUGAAAACAAUGUGGAUGUUAUUCAAAUACAAGGGAGAACCAAUCAAGAGUUUUAAGCAAUAAAAUGACAUAAUAGGAUUACAUAUACACACACAGUAUUAGUAUUGGUAUUUAUCUUUCUGUACCAGGUGUAUUUCACAUAGCACAAUGACCUCCAGGCUCAUCCAGAUUAUAUUUACUUCUGUAAUAAAUAGUAUAUGGCAUACAUAAAUUAAGAAAUAAAACAAACACUUUGUAUUCAUUACCCACCUUGAGAAAUAGAACACUGUGGGCUAGGGUUGUAGCUCAGAGGCAGAGCGCUUGCCUACCAGGUGUGAGGCACUGGGUUCAAUUCUCAGCACCACAUAUAAAAAAUAAAAUAAAUAAAGGUCCAUUAACAACUGAAAAAUUAAAAAAAAAAAAGAAUAGGACACUGUAAGUAACCUUAAAGCAUUCUGAGCACUCUUUAUCUAUUACAUUUCCAAUUUCCCAGAAGAAAUCACUAACCUGAUUUGUAUGUUAAUCAUCAUUUUGUUUUUCCUUUACAGGUUUACCAUGUACAUAUGUAUCCCUAAACAAUUUAUUGUCUUGGUUUGCCUAUUUUUUGACAUUUAUCAACAUGGAAUCAUAAUCUGUGCUGUAUGUAUUCUGACUUGCCCUUUUUGCUUUACAUUAUUUUUACCACCAUUAUUGAGGUACAAUUCAUAUGCAGUAAAAUGCACCCAUCUUUAAGUGUACAGCUAGGUGAACUUUUGAAAAUGUAAGAACUCAUGCAACAAGCAGCACAACUAAGAUACAAACAUUUGCAUUAUUCAAAAAAGUUCAGUCAUGCCCCUUCCCAGGCAGUGUUUACCUCUGAUUUCUGGUCCUUGGCAAUCAUCAAUUGCUUUUUCUAGCCAUAGAUUAGAAUUUUAUUUUUUAGAAUUCCAGAUAUCUAGGAUCAAAUGAUAAUAUUCUGUCUUCUUCACUCUACCUGAAGAUUUUAUAUUUAUUCAUACUACAUGACUUAGUAAAAUGUUCCUUUUUUAUUGCUAGGUACUAAUCCAUUGUUUAAACAAAGCAAAAUAUGCUUAAUAUUCACGUAUUGAUUGGCACUUGAUCAGUUUCAAGUUCCUGGCUAUUUUGAAUAAAGCUGAUGAUGAUACUCACAAAUAGCCAGGCGUGGUGGCACAUACCUAUAAUCCCAGCCAUCCAGGAGGCAGAGGUAGGAGGAUCAUAAGUUUGAGAUCAUCCUGGGAACUUAUUGAGACCCUGUCUCAAAACAAAAAAUUUAAAAAGAACUGGGAAAUAGCUCUGUGACAGAGUGCUUGCCUAGCGUGGAUCAGGCCCUGCCUUCAAUCCCCAGUGCUGAAAAAACUCUCAUGAACAAAUCAUGAGUUAGAUAUAGGAUUUUAUUUUUCAAAAUUUGAUUAUUUAUAUCAUCAUUGGACUGGAAGAGUUUUAAAAUUCAUUCUGAAUACACACCAUUUAAUAUGUAUCUUGAAGAUAUGUUAUUCCAGUCUGUGACUUGCAUUUUCAUUUUCUUAAUGGGAUCUUUUGAAGAGCAGAGGUUUUGCUUUUGAAGAAUCCCAGGGGUUGUUUUUGUUUGUUUGUUUGUUUUCUACUUUACAUUUUUUGCUUUUGGUGUCUUAGAGAAUUUUCACCUGUACCAAUGUUGUCCACAUUUGCAUAUUACAUUUUCUUCAACAAGUUUUAGAGUUUUACCUUUUACAUUUAGGUCCAUGAUCGAUUGUGAAUUAAUUUUUGUGUAUGGUAAGAGGUAAUGGUCAAGAUUCAGUUUUUCCCAGACAGACACAGUUAACUCUAGAAUGACUCAUUAAACAGACUAUCAUUUCCCUAUUGAAUUAACUUAAUACUAUGGUUGAAAAUCAAUUUACUCUACACAUGUAAGUCUAUUUUUGGAUUCUAUUUUGUUCUACCAUAUGCCACUAUCACACUGUAUGAUAAUCUUUUUAGUAUGUCUUCAAAUUGGGUAGUAUAAGUCCUAUAAUUUUGUUCUUACUUUUACAAGAUUGUUUUGGCUAUUUCAGAUUUUUUGCCUUUCUACAUACAUUUUAGAAUUUUGCUUGCAAAUUUCUGCAAAUGUAAUUCCUGAGAUUUUGGUCAGAAUUGAGUUGAAUAUUUAAAUCAAGUUUGGAGAAAUUGAUAUUCUGACAAUAUUGAGUCUUUCAAUGCAAGAAUAUGGUUUAUCUAUCUAUCUAUUUAUUUAUUUAUUUAUUGUUCUCUGAGCAGUGUUUUUUUUUGUUUUGAGUUUUCAGAUUGUAUACAUAUUCAGUUAAACUUACCCCUAAGUGUUUCACAUUUUUUCAUGCUAGUUAAAAUGACAUUUAAAAUUCCAAUUUACAAUUGUUUAUUGAAAAAUAUGGAAAUAAAAUUUACUUUUCAUGCUGAUCUUAUACCCUUUGACUUCUGUUAAAUUCACUUCUAAUUUUUAUUUAUUUAACAUUGUAGAUAUUUUCUACAUAUAAAACCAUGUGAUCUAUAAAUAGUUUUGUUCUUUAUUUUCUUGUCUGCAUUCUAUUCAUUUAUUUACUUUUUAUUUAUUGUUUUUAUCAAACUGUUAGGAAUUCCAGCACAAUGCUGAAUAUGAGUGGGGGUGGUGGUUGUCAUAAUUGCCUUAUUCUUGAUCUAGAGGGAAGGAAUAUUUAGUCUCUCACAAUAUUUAAUUAUGAUGUUGAUGGUGGUUUUUAAAAAAUAGAUGCACUUUCCUAACAUCAUAGUCUAAUUCUAAUUUGAAUCUUUUAUUGGAUGUUGAAUUUUGCCACGUAAUUUUUCUGGGUCCCUUGAGAUAACCACAUGGUUAUCUUUUAUAUGUACUUAAUAUGGUAAAUUACAGUAUUUUUAAUGGUAAGUCAAUCUCAUAAUAUUGGGAUAAACUUCAUUUAGUCAUGAAACGUUAUUGGUUUUUAUAUAUUGCUUAGUUUGCUUUGCUAAAAUCUUUUUAACAUUUUGUUCAUGAGGGAAAUUGGUUGGUAGUUUACUUUUUAUUAUGACUAUAUCUGGUUUGAUUCAGUUUAAGAGAGACCUCAUAAAAAUCAGAGUGCUUGUGUAGAACUGGUAUGAAUUCUUCCUUAAAUCAGCAACAAAGCCACCUCAUCCUGGAGUUUUCUUUCUCCCUCUCUUCCCUCCCCUGCCUUCCUAUCUCUUCUCUUUCUCUCCUUGUGGUAUUGGGGAUUGGAUCCAGACAUCAUUACCCUAAGUACAUGUAUGAAGACAUCUCCAGCCCUUUCUAAAAGUUUGUUUUGAGACAGGGUCAUGGUAAACUGCCCUGACUGGCCUGGAACUUGUGAUCCUCCUACCUCAACCUCCCAAGUUGUUGGGAUUACAGGCAUGCACCACGCCCAGAUUUUUUUUAUUAUUGAUUUUUUUCACUUUAUUUUGACUAUUCAUUCUGAUCAUUGACAAUAUACUGAAACUUAUUUUGUGGCCAAAUACCUUGUCUAUCUUUGUGAAAAUUUUGUAGGUACUUCAAAAGAACAUGUAUUCUAAUGCUGUUGGGUGUAUUCUUCUAUAAAUGUCAAUUAGGUCAAGUUGGUUGAUAGUGUUUUCCAGAUUUUCUAUAUCUUACUGAUUUUUCUAUUUUAUCAGUUGUAGAGGGAGGAUUGUUAAAUCUCUGGCUGUAAUUGUCUAACUUCAGAAAAUUAUGAAGAAUUGUGUAUUUCUUUUUCCAUUUUUAUUUGCUUUAUGCAUUUUUAAAGGUUCUACAUUGAGUGCAUAAACAUUGAAGAAUGUUUUGUAUUUCUGAAAUUAACUAUUUCAUCAUUAUAAAAUAUCAUUUGAUUGUGGAGGAAAGCAGCUGCAGGCUCAUCUACAUUGUCACAAAUAAUAAUAUCACUACACACACAUUCUCUUUUUAAGGCUGAAUAGAAUUCUAUUGUGAAGAUUUACCACGUUUUCUUUAUCCAUUCACCUGAUGACAGAUACCUAGUUUGCUUCCAUAUCUUAGCUAUUGUGAAUAACGUUGCAGUGAACACAGGAAUGUAUAUAUCUCUUAAGCACACUGAUUUCAAUUCUUCUAGAUAUAUACCCAAAAGUGGAGUUAUUGGAUCAUAGGGCAAUUCCCUUUUGUUUUUCUUUUCCUUCCUUUCUUUUUUUUUUUGAGAAAACUCCAUAUUGUUUUCCAUAAUGGUGUAUUAAUUUGUAGUCUUACUAACAGUGAAAAUAUUUCCUUUUGUUUAUACACUCACUGACACUUGUUAUCUUUUGUCUUUUUCUUCUUUUGCUUUUGAUAAUAACCAUUCUAGCAAAUAUGAGGCAAUAUCUGAUUGUGGUUUUAAUUUUUAUUUCCCUGAUAAUUAGUGUUAUGGUUUGGAUGUGAAGUGCCCCCCCCCAAAGCUCAUGUGAGACAAUGCAAGAAGGUUUAGAGGAGAAAUUAUUGAGUUAUGAGAGUCUUAACCCAAAUGAUGAAUUAAUCACCAUUAAUUGAGUGGUAAUUGAAGUCAGGUGGGGCGUGGCUGGGGGAGGUGGGACAUUGGGGGCAUGGCUUUGAGUAUAUAUUUGUAUCUGGAAAGUGAAGAUCUCUCUCUCUCUCUCUUUGUUUCCUGAUCAUCAUGUGAGCCACUUCCCUCUACCACACUCUUCCACCAUGGUGUCCUGCCUCACCUAGAGCCCCAAGGAACGGAGCCUGCUGCCUAUGGAUUGAGACCUCUGAAACUGUAAUUAUCUUGGAAGAAUAAGACAAUAUCAACCCCGACCCCAAGAUGGCAGCACCCUGCGAAGUGGAUGUGGCAGCCUCCGGCGAAAGUGAUGGCCAGGGCAGGGGUUUUGGAUCCUGGCUGGACAGAUGGUUGGAGGUGCUGGGAGUGGACCAAGCCAUUUAUGGUGCCUACAUCCUUGGUGUCCUGCAGGAGGAGGAGGAGGAAGAGAAGCUGGAUGCUCUGCAGGGUAUCCUGUGUGCUUUUCUGGAAGAAGAUUCCCUCCGUAAUAUCUGCAAGGAGAUUGUGGAACGGUGGUCUGAAACUCAGAAUGUUGUCACCAAAGUGAAAAAAGAUGAGGUACAGGCCAUUACUAUCCUCAUUGAGAAGCAGGCACAGAUUGUAGUGAAGCCAAGGGUAGUGUCAGAAGAGGAAAAACAGAGAAAAGCUGCCCUGCUGGCCCAGUAUGCUGAUGUAACAGAUGAAGAAGAUGAAGCAGAUGGAAAGUAUGAUUCAGGUGCCACCAUGAUGAACGUUAGUUCUGACAAAUCUCUGUUUCGAAACACCAAUGUAGAAGAUGUCCUCAAAGCUCAGAAAUUGGAGCGAGACUCACUUCGGGAUGAAUCCCAAAGGAAGAAGGAAGAGGACAAGCUACAGAAGGAGAAAGACAAACUAGCCAAGCAGGAACGCAAGGAAAAGAAAAAGACACAGAGAAGGGCACGAAAGUGAUAACCCUGACCUGUUUAAUUCUUUCUCCACAUCAAGAACUUGAUCAAAGGGAAAACUGAUUUUGCAUUAUGUGUAUUUAAGAGACAUGGUAGAAUAUUGCAUAGUGAUGUCCCAAAACAUUUCCACUUUUGUUUGCAUGGUCAAAAGGAAAGUCACAAUCACUUCUAAUAGCAAAAUUUGCCUUAUUUUGGUGGUGUGGGUGACCAGAUUACUAUAAUUGAUGUCUUUAACAAAGAGCUGCACUGGGGCAAUCUUUACAUUUAAUACAGAAGUUUUGUGUUCCUUUGGCUCCUUUUUAUUUUAAUUUGUUAUAUAUGACAGCAGAAUGCAUUAAAAUUCAUAUUACAUAUGUAGAGCACAAUUUUUCAUAUCUCUGAUUACACAAAGUAGAGUCACACCAUUCAUGUUUUCAUACACGUACUUAGGGUAAUGAUAUCCAUCAUAUUCCACCAUCAUUCCUACCCCCAUGGCCCCUCCCCUUUCUCUCCCUCCCCUUUGCUCUAUCUAGAGUUCAUAUAAUCCUCCCCCAUGCUACCCCUCCCAACCUCACCAUGAAUCAGUCUCUUUAUAUUAGAGAAAACAUUCAGCAUUUAUUUUUUGGGGAUUGGCUAACUCCACUUAGCAUUAUAUUCUCCAACUCCAUCCAUUUACCUGCAAAUGCCAUGAUUUUAUUCUCUCUUUUGUUGAGUAAUAUUCCAUCGUGUAUAUAUACCACAUUUUUCUUUAUCCAUUCAUCUACUGAAGGACAUCUAGGUUGGUUCCACAGUUUAGUUAUUGUGAAUUGUGCUGCUAUGAACAUUGACAUGGCUGUGCCCCUGUAGUAUGCUGGUUUUAAGUCUUUGGGUAUAAACCAAGGAGCGGGAUAACUGGGUCAAAUGGUGGUUCCAUUCCCAGUGUUCCAACGAUUCUCCAUACUGCUUUCCAUAUUGGCUGCACCAACUUGCAGUCCCACCAGCAAUGAAUGUGUGUGCCUUUUUCCCCACAUCUUCUUUUGGCUCCUUUUUUUAAUAAAAUGUCUUCUCUUGCCUUGAAUAAGUUUUCCAU